AUGCCGAAGAGAAGGGACAUCCUUGCCAUCAUCCUCAUCGUGCUGCCCUGGACGCUGCUGGUCACCGUGUGGCACCAGAGCACCAUCGCCCCCCUGCUCACCGCGCACAAGGAUGAUCGCGGUGACCCCCGGCGCUCCGCCCCGCCCGGUGCGGACCCCAGAGAAUACUGCAUGUCCGACCGCGACAUCGUGGAGGUGGUGCGCACCGAGUACGUGUACACGCGGCCGCCGCCCUGGUCCGACACGCUGCCCACCAUCCACGUGGUGACGCCCACCUACAGCCGCCCGGUGCAGAAGGCCGAGCUCACGCGCCUGGCCAACACGCUGCUGCACGUGCCCAACCUGCACUGGCUGCUGGUGGAGGACGCGCCGCGCCGCACGCCGCUGGCCACGCGCCUGCUGCGCGACUCCGGCCUCAACUACACGCACCUGCACGUGGAGACGCCCCGCAACUACAAGCUGCGCGGCGACGCCCGCGACCCGCGCAUCCCGCGCGGCACCAUGCAGCGCAACCUGGCCCUGCGCUGGCUGCGGGAGACCUUCCCGCGCAACGCCAGCCAGCCCGGCGUGGUGUACUUCGCGGACGACGACAACACCUACAGCCUGGAGCUCUUCGAGGAGAUGCGCAGCACCAGGAGGGUGUCCGUGUGGCCGGUGGCCUUUGUCGGGGGCCUCCGGUACGAGGCCCCGCGGGUGAAUGCGGCCGGGAAGGUGGUCGGCUGGAAGACGGUGUUCGACCCCCACCGGCCCUUCGCCAUCGACAUGGCCGGGUUCGCCGUCAACCUGCGGCUCAUCCUGCAGCGGAGCCAGGCCUACUUCAAGCUGCGCGGCGUGAAGGGGGGCUACCAGGAGAGCAGCCUCCUCCGCGAGCUCGUCACCCUCAGCGACCUGGAGCCCAAGGCCGCCAACUGCACCAAGAUCCUGGUCUGGCACACACGGACCGAGAAGCCCGUGCUGGUGAACGAGGGCAAAAAGGGCUUCACGGACCCCACGGUGGAGAUCUGA